CCCCCCACCACCACCAACAACAGCCCCCAGCCCUUUCCCGGCCCGGGUGGAUGCGGCCCGGGGUGUCUGGCUGCCAGCGCGGAGCGAGCAGAUGCUGGGGGGCCGGAGGAGGAUGGAGUGCGCCCUGGACGCCCAGAGCCUGAUCAGCCUCUCCCUGCGCAAGAUCCACAACUCCCGCACCCAGCGCGGGGGCAUCAAGCUCCACAAGAACCUGCUGGUCUCCUAUGUGCUCCGCAACGCCCGGCAGCUCUACCUGAGCGAGCGCUACGCCGAGCUCUGCCGCCGCCAGCAGCACUACCAGGAGGGCGGCAUCCUGCUCGGGGCGCCCCCGGGCUGCGCGCCCGCCGGAGAGAUCCCCCCGGAAUUCAGCCCGCUCCAGCUGGCGGCCGAGGACCCAGAGCCGGGCAUGCAGCAGCCGCGGAGCUGCGGGCUGGGCGGCGCGGCUGGGGCAGCCCUGGGAAGAGGCGGCGGCGGCGACCUGCUGGAGGUGCCCGUGUGCGCUGCGCUCCUGCCCGGUGCGCCCCAGGAGGACGAGCCGCUGGAGCUGCAGCCCAGCCCGCCCCAGCAGCCGCAGCCGGCGGCCCCUUCGGCGCUUCGCAGAGACUCUUCCCCCGGCUUCUACCGGGGCGGCGGCGGCGGCAGCAGCGCUUCUUCGGGGCUGCUCUACCCGGUGCCGGCGAGCUGUGACUUCGGCAGCCCGGCGCCUCCAGGCUCGGCCAUGAGCGCAGCGAGCGGCGGCGCCUCGGCGCAUUGUAGCAGCCGCACCACGGUGCUGGACCUGGACACCCAUGUGGUGACCACGGUGGAGAACGGCUACCUGCACCAGGACUGCUGCUCGCAGUGCCCCUGCUGCUGCCAGGGCGCCGCGGGACUCGGCGCCCCGCCGCCUACCCCGGGCACCAAGCGCAAGUACUACCCGGGGCAGGAGGACGAGGAGGACGGGGACCCGGGAGGGGUGGUGGUGGGGGGCGGUUCCCCCUUCUCCCCUUGCAGCAAGCGAGCCCGCUUCGAGGACUUCAGCCCCGAGCAGCCCCCGGACUCUUCCAACAUCUCCAACUUGAUCUCCAUCUUCGGCUCCGGCUUCACGGGGCUGGUGAGCCGGCAGCAGGCGGACUGUGAACAGCCCCUCAACGGGCAGCUGUGCGGCAAGCAGGCGCUGGCGAGCCUGGGCGCCUGGACUCGAGCCAUCGUGGCGUUCUAGGGGCGGGGAGGGACGGGGGGGAGCGAUCCCAGGGACACGGACUCCGGAGGGGCCCCUGAAACAAAGAGGGGCGGGCGGGGGAGGGGAAGCCGAGCUCAUGUUUUAUAAACUGUACAAUAAAAAUCGCAGAUCUUGGGACUUUAUUUUUGCAGAGAUGAAAAGCACCUAUUUAACUAUUCCGUGUGUCCGCUCGGGCUUUAUUUUGUAUUGAGCGCGGGGGCGACUCCAGCCCGGGAGCAUGCCACGUGAGGCGAGGGCUGAUGCCCGGAGGAAGCCGUGUGUGCCGGGGAAGAGUUUGGAGAGCUGCACUUCUCUGCCCCUGGAGGAGCUGCUUGUGCUGGAGGGAGGGUGGGGGGUGGGAAGAGACGCCGAAGC